AUGCUCGUCUCCCUGACCGUCGGCAAGGUCGACGCCGGCGUCACCGUCCUCCUGACUCCUGACAAGCGACUGAUCGAAUUCCCAUCCAUCCUCCUGCCACCCGACAUCUCCUCGGGCUCCAUCGUCGACGUCACCGUCGCCCGCAACGUCUCCUCCGAAGGCGAAGCCGAAGGCGCCUUCCGUGCCCUCCAAGACAAGAUCUUCAAUGCCCUAGGUGCCGCCGAGCCCAAGGCCCCCAACCUCCGCUGUCGCAAUGCCACCCAGACCAGCGUGGUCCUCGAAUGGGACCCCAUCGAUCUCGCGACCGCCGACCUGAUCAGCCUGGCCCUCUACCGCAAUGGCCAAAAGGCCGGCAACAUCCCCAAACCAACCGCUAUGCACUCGACCAAGAUCUCUGGUCUGGCCGUCGACACCGAGUACACAUUCCACCUCGUGCUGCGCACAACGGCCGGUACUCUGGCCAGCGAGAAGGUCGUGGUCCGCACACACAAGAUGACCGACCUCAGCGGCAUCACCAUCACCACGGGCAUCCUGCCUCCCGCGGUCAGGGAGUCCCUGGCGCGCUCAGUGGAUCGGAUUGGCGCCAAGCUUGUCGACAGCGUUAGAAUCGAUACGACACACUUUGUCACCACUGAGGGCCGGGGCGUGCAAUGGGAGAAGGCGAACGAGCUCAACAUUCCCGUGGUCAGGCCGGAGUGGGUGGAGGCGUGCGAGAGGAACGGCAGGAUCCUAGGUGUCACCAAGUUCUACCUGGACGCUGUGCGAGUGGGUAUGGGACCGUCGGCGGCGGAUAUGGGAGGAAGCCCACCGAUGCAGCACAAUAGGAGCGUGUCUGCUGCGUUCUCACAGCACAAGGAGUUGCCGCCGCAACCAUCGCCGCCGGUACCUGAGCCGAAGCAGACGAGCCCGCCGCCUACGAAUGGAGUGCGCAGUCCUGAUGUGAAUAAACCUACACCACCACCGCCUGCUGAGCCAGAGCCGGUGCCGGUGCCGGAACAGGUUCCAGAGCAGAAGCAAGAGGAGGAGCUACAGCCGGUAGCACUUGAGCCUAGUGUAGAGGCCACAACGACAGAAGUGCAGCAGGAGGAUGAUACUGGAUCCGAGAAAGGAGAUGACGAGAGUGACGUAGCGUCUGAACCAGAAGACAAGGUCAAACAAGAUGACGAGCAAAAGGCGCUUGCCCACGAAAAGGAGGAACAGGGUCUGGCAGCACGACCUGCUUCUACGGUGGAAGACGCCGAGGAGAGCAAAAGUGACGAAGAGGAAGACGAUGACAAGGAUGACAGUCUCAAUCCCAAGGGAGGAAAAUCACCUGAUGGAGCGUCGUUCCAGGAUGUUGCCCUAUAA